UAUGUGCCUGAACGGUGAUCGAUGACAGGGAACCAGUGAACUCUAGUUAUCCUCAGGCUGACUCUUGGCUCGGCAAUCCCAACACCUGCGGCCCCAGAUUUAACAGGAUCAUCUCCAACCAGGUACUUCGAUUUCUGGAAGUUCGUCCCCUGGAGAUUUUUGUUAAAAAAAGUGCGCCACAAGCAAUUGUAAAAAUUUGGAUUAGGAACAAACACCACUUAAGCAAGGUAUGAUAGUCGUCGACCGACAACCACUAGUCAGAAGUACAUCAGGAAGCUGGACCCAAGCUUAAUUACUGGAAAUGUCAUGUGAUCGCGCUGUUCAUACUUACCUCCUUUUAGAAAUAAUCGGAAGGUUCCCACGCCGUCUCCCUCGACGUCGCCUUGCUUUAUCACAAACCAUACGUCCAUCUGAUAGGAACCUUGGCGGCCUGCUAUCCCCAAACUGGUGGAAUUAUGUCAACUCGUUCGAACACUAAAAAGGCCCUAGAAGCAGCCCGGAAAGCCAAGAUCGAAGAGUAUUACAGGGAUAAUGCACUUGUUGAUGAGGCAGCUAGGAUCCAGCAUAACGACGAUAUCGCGGAAUUCUCCCUUUUCUUGGACGAUAAAAGAAAUGAUAUUACGAAAAAUCCAGAUUUUCGUCCAUUCAUUCGAUUUAUUAGGCGCAUUUUGGUGCAUGUGGCAGCCUCAGCUGAUCAAGGGAGUGGGACGAUGGGGUGUUACGCGAGUGUAAUAACGAGAAUGGCACGAUCCAACAAAGGCAAAGAAAUAUGGCGGACUCGUUGGAAUGACAUGGCACUCCAUCCGACACCUCAGAUUCUCUCGUAUAUCCAAAAGUCCCCACCCGCCAUAAUAUUGGGUGACACCCAACGAAAAAGACGCGCCCAUAUAGAACGAUAUGCGUGGGGUUACGUUGACAAGGAAAAUGACGUAAAAGAGAUGUUCAUAUCUCGUGAGCUGGUAAUGGCAUACAUUGAACUGGAGAAAUCCAAUGCGUGCGACGUAAAUGCGGAUGCCCUUGUUGUUCUCAAAACUGUCAUACUGGUUGUGUUCAUUCACGAGUUGACGCACGCUCUGACGAAGUGAUUCUUCCCCAAGAUGCUUACUCCAGAUCUGAAUGAUUAUAACAAGGAGGGUGAAAGCGGAGAAGUUGUAGAAAAGGAUGUGUUCGGCAACACCCUGCUUUGUGUGGAAUGGCUGAGGACGGAG